AUGGUGAACGCCCAAUUUGAUCAAACUGUCACAUGUUAUCUUACUGGACAGGAACUAACGAGAGGUACCCUUAACAAUGAAUCUGUUUCAUCAGCUCCCGGAAUAAUAGAAGAACCAACAUAUGUCGAAAUAAUUGACACUACCCCACCAUCAGAGUUUGGACCAGUGGACAAACAACGUCACUUUGGAAUUCUCCGCAACACAGUGACCAAUCGAUUCCGUAAACUAAUGCUGAUAGCAUUAGUUAACUUAGUUGUUGUUCUUUUCCUCUUUGUUUUUUUUCUGAUAGCUCAUUUGGACAAAAAACAUGACAACGUUCUUGUUAGUUCUACGUUGCAUAAUUAUGUGAAAACUACGACUUUUCCUGCACCAACUACUUUAACUACAAGAACUGAUACAACAGCUUACUCUCAUACUUUUGCCACUACGACGAGACCUUUCGAUCCUAUUGUAUGCUCUCCAAAUCAAAAGUCUACAUUUUUCUAUGCGUAUUCCAAUGAUCUCACUGCAGAUCAAGUCUUGAACACCUGGAAAUCCAUUUACUACAACUCAAAUUUCUUUUUUGAAACCUAUGCAUUAGGACGAUUUGACGUGAUGAACAACUUGAAUGAAGUUAUUUUGACAUUUGUUUCCAGCGACAGUUACAAGUUAUUCUUCUUCAAAAAAAACGUGACACAUUGUGGAGCAACUCUUUUUAUUAUCACGAAACGCCUUCCUACAGACGCCUAUAUCGAUGACUUAGUAUCUAAGCUCAAAAAAUAUCAUGCUCAUGUCACAUUCGUUGUAUCUGAGAACUCAUUAGGUGGAUUGUCGUCAGAACCAUUGUACAGAUUGGCAAGUGAAACUAAUGGAGUCUGUAUUUUCACGGAAGAUGAUAAUAUUCAAAACGUAUGGAUCAUUCAUCUAGUUUCGAAGUACUAA